CAUGGCUAUGCCGCUAAACCUCGAGUGCAUGCUAACAUGGUGGUGCGUAAGGCCCAUAUGUUGAGUAUGACUCCGAUGUGGAAAGAUCACGGACGGCUGAGCCGCCAGAUCUUUCGAGGUUCGUGUGGGUACUCUUCCGAGGCAAGGGAAGCUCUGCCGCAGAACCGGUGGUAUGAGGCAUAG